CCUUUCCACUGCCAGCAGGUCCCAUCACCAAUUGAGCAUAUCUCAUUAUGUAUAUUGUUUAUAAUGAAGACUGAUGAAAAUAAUUUAAAAGAUCUGCAGAUUCUAUACUUUGAUUUUUAAUGGCGCUAAACUAUGAUCAUAAAAGUUUAUUCUAAAUAAUUCACAAUUUCAUUUAUACUCAUAAAUAAUAAAAACAAUAACGGAUGUACCACAAUUGCACAAUCCUCAGUGGUGGCCGGUGGGACCGUGGGAGUGAUUAUUACUUUUAUUAUUGUGAUAAACCCAUUUCUGACCAAUGGUAGGCUUUAAAUAUAGAUAAUAAUUAUUAUUAUCUAUAUGGGUUCAAAUUAUUAACAACCACGGUUAUUAAUCUGUUACAACCGUGUUACUGUAUUUGUCCGUUUUUAUGAUAUCAAAGUAUUUACUGUUACUUCAAAAAUUAAUUCCUAACGUUAACACUUACAAAAAUUUAAUUAAUUCUUAAUUUUAAUUACUAUUAUAACGAUUUAAAGUACCUAUACUAUCAAAAUCUGUCAGCAUCAUGUCGAUGUUUAAUUUGAGUGGUUCUACUCCUGCCAAUACAACUGCGAAUACAACAGCAACGUAAAUAUUUAAUUUAAAAAUACUUACUCAAGCUAAAAAAUAAUAAAUUAUUAUUUAUUUGACAUAGCUAUAACUUGUCACAUAAAUCAGCUUUAGUUCUUGAUUUUUAGUGAUAUUUUCAGAUUUCUUUUAAGUUUAAUAUCAAUUUUCUAAAAAUUGUACAAGUUUUUCUUAUACAAAUUUUUAUUAAUGUAUUUAAUAAUUUAUUGUUAAAUUUUAUUUCUAUUACUUAUAUUUAGAAAAAACAAAUGUGGUAAGUUAUUUGUUUUAUUAUUUUGUUUUUUUGUUAUUGUGAAUGUCUUUUUUUUUUAUUUAUAAUUUGUUAGGUUAUCCGUAGUAGUUGUAAAAUAAAAGUUUCAUUGAAGUUAACUAAUGAAAAUCAUUGAUAAACUUUAUUAUUUACAUUAUUUCAUGUUAGAUACAAUGAUAUAUUUUAAAAUUAAAAGUACGCUUGAGUAGUAUGAGGAUUUAUUAAUUUUACAUUUAAAAUUGUCCAUAAGUAUAUUUUAUAAUAAUUUAUUUUUUAUAGCCCUCAAUUUGGUUUUGGAUCAUCUGUGGCUGGUUGGCCAUCUGCCUCGACAGCAUCAACUACAACAAAUUUUGGUAACUUUGGCGCAACAGGUAAUAAGCCAACUACCACAACGUCAUUUACUUCAUUUGGUAAUGUAGGCUCUCCCGCAACUUCAUCAUUAUCCUUUGGAGUUACAACUACUUUGGGAACAACUACAGCUGCUAAAACAGGUAAUUGUUGACAAACAAAUUGUUUUUAAACUUAAUAAAAUAAUAUAUUGAUUUAAAAUUAUUUAGGUUUUUCACUAGGUAUUAAUACAACACCAAAUGCACCAUUAAAUCUUUCUUUUGGUUCUACUACAACUACAACUGCAGCUACUGUUUCUCCAUUUACACUUGGAAGUACAUUAAAUACUAAAACUACAGCAUCCACUAUUGGUACCCAAUUAACACUAGGUGCUGCUGCUAACGUUACUACUUCAGUUGCUCCCGGUAGGUUCAAAUCUAAUUUCACAAAUAAUGUUUAUACAUUACUUUGUUCUGCAAUGAUUGAUAAUUCUUAAUUCAUGUAAUAUUAUAUAUUGUCGGCUUCUUGCCGAAUUCCUUCUGUUUCAUCACAAAAUAGUAAAAUAUGCUAUUUUAAAUUUUUUACAAAAAGUUAAACUAUUAUGUAUACAAUUAAUAUGCUAUUAUUUUUAAUUAAUUAAUACAAAUAAAAUAUUUGUUUUUCAGUUUCUCGUGGGCUUGGCGGACUCGAUACAUCUUCAAAUUUAAAUCAAAGUAUAGUUUAAUUAAUUUGUAUUAAUUUAAAUUAAUUAAUUAUAUGUUUUACGAUAUUAUAUUUAGCACCAAACAAAGCGAUACCAGCUCUGGAAAUGCCUGUACCUAAUGAAGUUUUACAAUUAGUCAACCAUUUAAAGUAAAUAUUUAAUUUUUCAAUAUUCAUACUAUAUCUAUUUAUAAAAACUAAAUUUUCAGAGAUUUUCUUAAGCAACAAAAAACAAUGAGCACUGAAUUGGCACGAAUGUCUUCAAAAGGUUCAAAUGAAGUAGUAGGUGAUAUAACAACAUGCCAAAAUAAUUUACAAUUCAUUGAACAUAAUUUAGAUAAACAAAAAACAUCAGUAGAAAAGUUAAAACAUGAAACUAAUAAGGUGUACAAAUAAGAAAUGUAUUUUUCUUUUUUUAAAAUUAGACAAUACUUUAAUGCUAUAUUAUGAUAUUUGUAUGUGUAGUGUUUACAAGAUUUUGAAAUUGCACAACGUAAUCAUGACCACCCUGCAAUGGUUCAAAAUGAUAUGGAAUCUAACAUCAAAUACUUCACUGAGCUUAUAAAAUCAUUACAAGAGAAGGGAAAUAUAUUGAAAAAUGAAAUUGAAAAUACCCAACAAUAUUUAGCAACAUUACCAUAUAAUAACAAUGUUACUGUAGAUGGUAUGUCCAAAUUAUUUGUAAUUUAAUGGUUUUGUUUGAUUUUAUCUUAUAUUUCAGAGUUAAGAAAAAUUGGAGAAAUGUAUUACAAGAAUAUAAUAGCAUUAGCUGGUCAUUUACAUGGUAUACACAAUGAAGUCCAAGUGUUAAAAGCAAAACAUUUAUCUUUCCGAAAAGAAAUUUUAAAUGACUUUACAAAUAUUUUCCAAACAAAUCAGAAUUCAAAUUCAUCUAGUUUCUUUACAUCUCGUCCUGACACUACUGGACCUAGUCCUUUUACUGGUAUAAGUAAGUUCAUAAUAUGUACUAGUAUUUAUGAAAUUGGGGUCUAAUAUCUAUUUAACUUAAACAUUUUUUUCCAUUAGAUAUAACAGCUUCCGCAGCACUAAAUUUAGGAACUUUUGGAUUAGAUCAGCCCAGUAUGCAUCAAACUCAAGGUACCAAAACAUAACUGUAUAAGUUAAAAUAUUAAAUUGAUAUUAUAUUUCAUAAAUUAUGCUUUUAUAGUUUAAUACUUUUUUUACAAUACUAUCAUUUGUUUGCAAUGGUAUAUAAUUAAAUACUGAUAUCUAAUUAAGAUUUAAAGCCUUUUAAAAUAAAUAUUAUUUUUUUUUUUUUCAUAAAUGUAUCUUUUAUUUAAACAAUUAAAAAAGAUUUAAAAUUAUUUUUUAUUUACAUUAAUUCAAUCAAAAAGUUUACUGUUUAAAUAUAUUUAAUAAUUACAGAUGCAAAAAUACAACCAAACUCAUUUGGAUGGAACCCUCAAUCUAAUAAUACAACACCAUUCCAGGGCUUCAUUCCUGGCAAUAAAUAAAUACUAUAUUUUUUUAAAAUACUAAUGAUACUAUAUUAAAUAAUUUUACAAAUAACACAAGUUGUAAUAUCGUGAAGAAUAUUUCUACAAUACAUUCAUGAAAAUGAAACUAUUAAUUUAUUUUUCUAGUAAACAUAUUUAGUUAGUUUUUAUACGAAUUAAAAAAGUAAGUAUAUGCAACAUAAAUUGAAGUAACAACGUAUGCUCAAUAAAUGGUCUAAAUUUCUAAAUAGUUAAAAUAUCUGGU